AUGGAAAAGGAUCCAAAUAAAACGAAGAAUAAGAAAAAACAUUUCUCAAAAGCCACGAAAAAAUCGCAUUACAUUGCUUAUGAAAACGAAGACGCCGCACGGGCGGCGCUUAUUGAGUUCUGCGUCUAUGUAUGUUUUCUCAUUGUCACUUUGGUGGUGGCCACAUCCUCGCGCAAUAUAUCGAUGUAUUUCUUCAACAAAGGCAUCGAAAAUCUCUUUUUGUCACGCGAAGUCAAUACCUCCACACACGAGGCUUCUGUGCGAUUUGCCGAAUUAGCAACGACAGCUGAUAUGUGGGCGUUUUUGGAGACAAAAUUUAUAAUGGACUUACAUGGCAUAGAUGACAGGGAGAGUGGAGAAAAUGCUGGUGGUGGUAGCGGCGGCACUGAUGAAAGUGGCGGCAAUUCAACGCACAGAAGACGCCGUUCCAAAGAUGAUAAGCUAAUUUUUCUUGAACAGAAUCUUGUUUUGGGGCCACCACGUCUACGUCAGAUACGUGUAAAAGAGAACAGUUGUGAUGUGCAUGAUCUCUUCGGUAGAUAUUUCUCAAAGUGUUAUGCAGAUUAUGCGGUUAGUGAGGAGGACACAGGCGAUUUAUUUAAGGGCACCAAAUAUCAGACUUUAAAUGAACUGGGCGCUGAUUCGAUUUGGGGUGAGAUUACCACAUAUCGUAGCGGGGGGUUUGUAAGGAAAUUGACCUACAAUUACAACGAGAAUAAUCAAAUUUUGUCUGAGCUGAAAACAAGCAAAUGGCUCGAUCGUGCUUCACGCCUGAUAAUAGUUGAAUUCACGCUCUAUAAUGCGAAUACGAAUUUGGUGAAUAAUGUGAAAUUUAUAGGUGAAUUACCGUCAACGGGUGGUGUGAUCACGAGAUAUAGCAUACAAUCGGUGAAAUUGGGUUCGAUCUUUUGGAGGGAUGGUAUACCAUUAUUUGUGACAGGUAUUUUCUUUUAUCUCUUUAUCUGCUAUUACACCGUGGUUGAGGCACUAGAAGUUAAAAAUAUUGGCAUCACGAAUUAUGUGCGUAUUUUAUGGAACUUUGUUGACUUUUUAAUAAUUCUGUUAGCUUACUUUACGCUCGCCUACAAUAUUUGGCAUCCCAUAUAUGUCAACGAACUAUACAAACGUUUCGAAAAAGAUCCACAUGAAUAUUUGCAAUUGGACACGCUUUGCUUUUGGAACUUGGUGUAUCGUGUCAUCUUCGCGAUCUGCGCAUUUUUAGUCUGCAUAAAAAUAUUCAAAUUCAUUAGUUUCAACAAAACCAUGCGACAAUUCAAUGCGACCGUGAAUGCAUGUUUUCGUGAUCUCUUGGGCUUCAGCGUAAUGUUCGGCAUCGUGUUUUUGGCCUAUGCGCAGUUGGGUCUGUUGCUAUUCGGCAAUGUUCAUCAGGAUUUCCGAAAUUUCAAAGAAUCUUUACUGACGAUGAUACGCAUGAUUUUGGGCGAUUUCGAUUACGAUGGCAUUGAGGCGGCAAAUCGUGUUUUGGGUCCAAUAUACUUCCUAACCUACAUACUGCUGGUGUUUUUCAUUUUACUGAACAUGUUCUUGGCCAUCAUUAAUGAUACGUACAGCAGUGUGAAGGGUAACAUACGCGGUGGUAGAAAUCAUUUAAUGAUUUAUUUGCGCAAAUUAUUGCACAAAUAUUGCCCGAAAUGUUGUCGUCCUGCGGCGGCAAAUGAUGAAGAGCGUGGCCGGUCAACAAGGGAUCGUAGUAUGUCUAGGGAUGCAAGUCCGGGCAGUAAACGUUCAGUCGACAAAGACAAUGUUUCAGAUUUUUUUGAACCCGUGGGACAGAAGGCGUCGCGAUCUGGAAACUCUGACACCGCGGCUAUUAGACGGUUAACCGCUCGUGUAGCAGCUUUAGAGGAUGUUAUCGAACAAUUGGUUACCGAUGUUGAUCGAACAAUGCGUAAGGUUUUACCAAGUCGUCGGAAACGUGGAAAUACGAGUCAAGGGUCGCCGUCGGAAGGAAGGAACCGUUGAGUGUGAAAUUUACCAGAUAAACGAAUUUUGAUUUGCUUUUCAAUAUUCUGUUGU